CCCGGUCUUAUACUUCACUAGUGUUGCACUACACCAAGUAGAUUAGGAGAGCCAAUUUGUUUUUGAAACAGCUCACUCGGAAGCAGAAGAAGCAGCAGAAGAGAUGAAUAUGCUAUCUCCAUCAACUGCCGCUUCUACUUAUCUAUCACCUUCCGCUUUUCUUCCCCGCCACCCUCAUGGGUUCUCUUCUGGUACCUUCAAAUUCUCCAACAAAGAGAGCAGAUGUAUAAGGAAAGCUGGAUGUACCAAAAUCACUGCAAAGUUAGAGCUGAAACCACCACCAUAUCCACUGAAUGCUUUGGAGCCAAUUAUGAGUCAGGAGACACUCGAAUACCAUUGGGGGAAGCAUCACAGGACUUAUGUAGAUAAUCUGAACAGGCAAAUUGAUGGAACAGAUCUCGAUGAGAAGUCGCUAGAGGACAUUGUAGUUAUUUCAUACAAUAAGGGCGACAUUCUUCCAGCUUUCAACAAUGCAGCCCAGGCAUGGAACCAUGACUUUUUCUGGGAAUCCAUGAAACCUGGUGGUGGUGGAAAGCCAUCUGGGGAUCUUCUAAAGCUAAUUGAAAGAGAUUUUGGCUCAUUUGAAAGUUUUCUUGAUAAGUUCAAGACUGCUGCUUCAACUCAAUUUGGUUCAGGAUGGGCAUGGCUUGCAUAUAAAGAAAGCAGACUUGAUGUGGGAAAUGCUGUAAAUCCUCUUCAAUCUGAUGCGGACAAAAAGCUGGUUGUGGUGAAGACUCCCAAUGCUGUGAACCCACUUGUCUGGAACUAUUAUCAUCCACUCCUUACCAUUGAUGUUUGGGAGCAUUCUUACUUCAUUGACUAUCAGAACAAGCGCCCUGAUUAUAUAUCAGUGUUCCUGGAUAAGCUUGUAUCUUGGGAAGCAGUGAGCUCAAGAUUUGAGCAAGCUAAGGCUCUAAUCCUGGAGAGAGAAGAGAAAGAUAAGAAAAUAAGAGAGGAAGAAGAGAAACUGAAAAGUGGUGAAGCUACUGCUGAGAUAUAUUCUGAUAGUGAUGCUGACUUGGAUGCAGAAUGAAUGAUUUUUUCUUUUUUUUCAUAAAGAUGGAGUUUAAAAUAGUGUAUCCUUUUGCACUAGCUAGGUGUGAUAUAGAGGUUGAAUCACUUCAAGCUGCAAAUUUUGUUCUAUGAUAAAUGUUGUAAUUUAGUGCUUCAUAGUUCAUACAUGCAUUGAUGGCAUAAAGUCUGAUUUUAUGGAUUGUCUUGCAGGAACCAAUUAGACUUUGAUGUUGUCAGAGUAAAAAAAAAAAGAAUUGUAUUUCUUUCCGAAAGGUAAAAGAAUCUUAGUUGAGCAUU